CACAGAAAGGAAACCAUCGUCCAGGCACGCAGGCGAGCGAUGGCGAGCCUGAGCGUGCCUCCGGUGCUCACGCCCCCGCGCGAUGACGCCGUCGCUCUCCACAAGGCCUUCAAAGGUUUCGGCUGCGACAGCACGACGGUGACCAACAUACUUGCUCACCGCGACUCGGCGCAGCGCGCGCUCAUCCUGCACGAGUACAAAGCCAUGUACCAUCAGGAUCUCUACCAUCGCCUAGCAACCGAGCUGAGUGGAAACCACAAGAAUGCUAUGCUGCUUUGGGUCCUCGACCCUGCUGGGCGUGAUGCGACCAUACUGAACCAAGCUCUCAACGGCGACAUCACCGACCUGAGAACCGCCACCGAGGUUAUCUGCUCCAGGACGCCGUCGCAGCUGCAGAUCAUGAAGCAAACCUACCGUGCGAGGUUCGGUUGCUACCUCGAGCAUGACAUCACCGAACGCACCUAUGGAGAUCAUCAGAAGAUUUUGCUUGCGUACCUGGGAGUCCCACGCAACGAAGGCCCGGAAGUUGAUCCUUCGGCGGUGACAAACGACGCGAGGGAGCUGUAUAGGGCCGGCGAGAAGAGGGUGGGCACCGAUGAGCGGGCCUUCAUCCGCAUCUUCACCGAAAGCAGCAGGGCACACCUGGUGUCCAUCGCCAACGCUUACCAGCACAUGUACGCCCGGUCCCUGGAGAAGACCCUGAAGAGUGAGACGACAGGGAACUUCCAAUUCGGGCUGCUGACCAUCCUCAGGUGCGCCGACACUCCGGCAAAGUACUUUGCCAAGGUCCUGCACAAGGCGAUGAAAGGCCUGGGCACCAGCAACGCGGCGCUCAUAAGGGUGGCGGUGACGAGGACCGAGGUCGACAUGAAGUACAUCAAGGCAGAGUACCACAACAAGUACAAGGGGUCGCUGGCUGAAGCUAUCCACUCCGAGACGUCAGGGAACUACCGAACCUUCCUCCUCUCGCUCGUCGGCCGGGACCGCUAA